UUUCACUUGGUUCUCUCACAGAGACGGACACACAGAGAGACAGAGUAGAGAGAUAGACAGGCACAGGCAGAGUUACUGAAAGGUAAACAUCGAAGGACAAGUAGUCAAGAGGAAGAUAAAAAAAGAGGGACAAAGAGCAGCAAAUACUUACUUAUAUUAAGGUUGGAUAUGGCCAGGCUGGAUGUCACAGAGGUGUUUUGUGGUAUUUCGUUUCCUGGACACCUGCACACCCAGGAAUCCUUGCAACUUGCUCUCAAAUUUCCAUUUCAGGACACGGACAUCCUCAUUGUCUCCUAUCCAAAGUCAGGCACCACAUGGAUGCAGGAAAUAGUGACUCUCAUCUUCAACAAAGGGGAUCCACACCUAUCCCAAACUGUCCCAAAUUGGGCCAGGGCUCCUUGGCUGGAGCAAUACUAUAGUGCUGCGGUACUGGAAGCCUCAUCCAUCACACCUCGAGUCAUCACAACACACCUGCCUCAUCAGUUACUCGGCCCAGCCCUACAGGGCUCCAAAGCCAAGAUCAUCUAUGUGAGCAGGAACCCUAAAGAUGCAAUGGUGUCCUUUUACCACUUUCACAAAAUGGCCAACUUUCUCCCUGAUGCUGGCACAUUCCCAGAGUUUUUAAAUCGUUUCCUGGAGGGCACACUGUCCUUUGGCUCCUGGUUUGACCACAUUAAAGGCUGGACCAGUCAGACAGCAACUAUGGACAAUCUGCUUCACAUCACCUAUGAAGAGAUGUCAUUGGACCUGCAUGGCGCUAUAAGGAGGGUUAGCUCUUUUCUACAGUGUCCCCUGGUGGAGGACGAGGUAAAUGCCUGUGUGCCACACUGCAGCUUCAGCAGCAUGAAAGACAAUAAGAUGGUCAACUACACCCUCGUCACUGAGGAUAUAAUGGACCAUAACAAGGGUUCCUUCAUGAGAAAAGGUAAGACCGGAGACUGGAAAAACAUGUUCACAGAGGAGCAGGAUCAAUAUUUUGAAAGCGUCUUCAAGUCCAAGAUGCAGGACUGCACUUUAGAGUUUGUGUGGGAGGUGCAGGAUCAAGAGGAGGCACACACUAAAGAGGAAAUCCCACAGGAGGACACAGAAAAGUGAAAGAAACACUGAAGUUAAUGAAGUUAGAAAUAAUGGAAAUGGAUGAGAUGGAUCACAAGUGGGUGCUUUUCUGUGUGCUGUAGUAUAAAACAUAUUAGCUGUAUAAAGCCUACCAAUAUGAAAUUAAUUCAGUCCUGAAUUACACAUUAUGAUAAAUAUUAAUCACAUGUAUAGUUGCAGUUAAGGGGACACUUAGAGAUGUGCAGUGCUCAGAACCCUUCAGUGCCUCUUAUGUUUUCUUCCUGUCUUGCUUUCAGUAAUAUGUGCAUUACAUGACAUUUGUAAUGAUGUAUUCAAUGUAAUAAAUGUACGAAUUAAUCUCAGGUCAGCUAGUUGACCAUGAACAAAAGCAUUUGUUUCCUUGGUACAGAACAAGUGGCACUUAAGGUUGCUAAUGUGAACUACAAGCAAAGAAAUUGACAGUUAUGUAAG